AUGGCUGCGCCGACGCCCUUCCCCGUGACAGUCCACCCAUACCCAUCCAGAGUCAAGCACGCCUGUGCAUAUGAACUGGGCUCUUCCCCGGCUCGGAAUGCCCUCAUCUUCGUUGGAGGUCUCGGUGACGGCCCUCACACUGUCCCCUAUAUCCGGACCGUCGCCGCCAAGAUUGAAGCCGACACCGGCCUCAGCUACUCGGUCUUUGAGAUCCGGAUACGCUCUUCCUUCUGUGGCUUCGGCUGGAACAACCUGGCCAAGGAUGUCCAAGACAUCUCGGCUCUCGUCAAGUAUCUACGGGGCAUUGGGAAGGAAAAGGUUGUGCUGAUGGGCCAUUCCACUGGAUCUCAGGACUGUAUCGAGUAUACCGACUAUGAGAAACACCAGAACGAGCCCAUAGAUGGCUUCAUUCUCCAGGGUGCGGUAUCCGAUCGCGAGGGGUUUAUCGUAGACCUUGGCAAAGACGAGGCGGAGAGGAUGGUUGGGCUCGCUACGGAGAUGAUCAACACCGGCAGGAAAGACGAUGCGGUGCCCAAGUCACAACUGCCCCGGCCAUUCUUCCCUUGGCCUGUGACUGCGUAUCGCCUUCAUUCUCUGGCAGGUGUUGGCGGUGACGACGAUUACUUCUCCUCAGACAUCCCGGAUGAGAAGGUAGCAGCUAUUUGGGGCCGGGUCAAGCAGCCCAUAAUGGUUGUACCGUCUGCAGAAGACCAAUACGUCCCCCUGGACGUCGAUUCCUCGAAAUUGCUGGCCAAGUGGAAGUCAUACUGUCCUGCUAUGAGUGAUCUUUCGGGCUUGAUCCCAGGGGCCAAUCACACGGUCGAUGCUCAAACAUCACAGGACUGGCUUGGGGACAAGGUGGUCAGCUUCUUGAAGAGCCUGGAAGAGCCAAAGUAG